AUGGUGCAGGACUCAGAAGCAGGACCCCCAAAUGGUUGUCACGUCGUGAUACCAGUCAUUCAGCUGCCAGUGAUUUCUAUGCAAUCCCCAAACGAACAAGGAGUCAUUCAAACUUCUUUGAGAAUCAGAAGUUUAAGGAGACACAGAGAUGGAGGCAGCAUAAGAGGGACAGAGAAGCAGCAGACAACAGAGUCUGAAAAACGGGGAACAGGUGAGCGAGGUUUGGUUAAGGUGGACCUGUUUUCCUUUGGGAUCCUUGGCAUAUGUGAUGUUGUGUUCUCAGUUUCUGCAACCCCCUUCCCAUUUGUACGGCUGUAGUUUUGUUUACUGUUGUUGUUUUUUGGAUCAGGUUGUAUCUGGCCUAGAUUAGUUGAGCAAAACACAUUUAUGGGAGUAUUUGGUAUAAUCUUUGUACAGAUAGAAGGAUAGUUGAAACUUCAGGAAAAGCGGAUUCAUAGCCCAUGAUGUUACGAUAAAAGGCUAUACAUGUCAUGUGGUUAAGAGAUAAAGGAAAAGGUUUCAGCUUAUUACAGGAACUGGUGACAGUCAAUGAACAUCAACUUAUUCGGCCAUCUCUAAUAUCUGAGCAUAGUUUCCUAGUAGAUUAGCCAUCAUGCUCAUUUUUCCUUUUCUCCUAAUAUGUUGCUAAAAUUCUUCAGACCAAACAGUUGGCUCACAUUUAUGACUGGGGUUGUGUGCAUUUGCUUAAUAUUAGUCCAUUUAUCAAAACCCUUGCAUAGGACAUUUCUUGUCUACCUCCACCCCAAGUCGUUAUGGCAAAAUAGGAGCUGUAUUAUAUACUGAAUAUAGCCUUAGAGUGCCAGUAAUGGAACAGUUGGGUUCCUCAUUAUUUAUUUAUUUAAGGCAUUUAUAUACACAUAAACAUUAGCAUUUCUAGGUACGGUUGAUGAAAAUCAACCAGAAUGCUGAAUUAACUAACUAAUACUGCACUGUUUUGGUUUAGUCCCACUGAAUGUGGCUCUUGGUUCCAUCUUUGUAUGUGCUCACAUGCUGAAGUAAAUGGAAGGCUGCAUGAGGUGCUUUGCUUUGUUUCAAGAAAAUUAUGUGGUGUUCCUAAUACAGAGAAAGCUACAUAUAUAAUUUGCAUGGGUGGUUUGGAAAUUACUCUGUUAUUCGGGCUAAGGAAGUAAUUCAGUCAAUGUAAUCCUGAUGACUCAAGCAAGAACACCAGCCUAGCAUGGCACCAAGGAAACAUGAGGCAGCAAAAAAAGCAGUUGGUGGGUGAGUUGCAUUGCAGGGAUUUGGACCAAAUGAUCCUUGUGGUCCCUCCCAACUCUACAGUUCUAUGAUUCUAUGGUUGGAGGUGGUUUAUUUUGCUUUAUUGCUGUUUGAUGUGUGUGUGUGUUUCCAGGAUGAAGGCUCAAUAAACAGAUUUGUUUGCAGUGAGAAUGGACAACAUCAGCUAUUUAUCGAGCAUUCAUUCCAAGCUGUUUGGAGGGAUGUUAGAUGACAUUGCAUCAAAACAAGUGUUAUCCCACACUUCCCAGUGCAUUUUUUCUUGUUACUUUUGGGGAAGCAGAUUUGUAGCACAGCACCUCCCAAUCAGCUAUCAUUGUGCAACAUGAGUUUUCUGUUUGUGACUGAAUCCCACCCCAAAAUGGUGCCAGACUGAAAGUGUUGUAGUUUUUGUAUGUGGUUUGAUGCCCCCUCCCCCUUUUUUUCCUGACCAGGGGAAAAGACUUAUGAGUAGCAGCUAUGCAAACAUGUUGGAAAAGCCUCUACCCACCUAAUUUUUAGAAACAUUUUCCAGACGAUCAGUAUUUGGACUGGCUUUUAAUAGCUUGAGCUAUGCAGUUAUUGGAUAAUUCAUACAAGUUGUUUAAGCAUCUUAAUGGUGUUUAUUUGUGUGUUACAGUAUGUUGAUUGUUUUAGUAUUGUUAUGCCAAACAGGGAGGCUAAAAAUAAAAAUCUGUUUUAAAAUGAAGAAAUAGCUCGAGCUACGAAGACUGAGAAUAUGCAAGGAUAAUUUGUCAAUAAACAAUAAAAGAGAAUGACUUCAUAAUCAUCUUCAGAAUUGGACUUCACUCCAUGGUUGAAGCUGGAAUUAGUUUUGUCCACUAAAAGCGAGAACUGAACAAAUAUAUAGUUCUAUUUCAAAUAUUAAGUUGCUUGUGAGUCCUAUUUUAGCCUAUGGUUCCCCCUAGGUUUUCUUUAGAGGGAAUAGUUCGUCUUAGCUUCCCUGCUGUUUUAGUUCAAGCAGAAACUCCUUAAGCAGCAACAUAUGGCUCCACAUUAGAGUUGAUCAACCUUUAGAGUGCAUAAAGGCUGGGACACUGUUAUCUGGUGCGGUCUCUUAAGGUACAUUAAAUAAUUUCACCCUGCCACUGACCUGUAGGUAGUGUUAGCAAAAUUCAAGCUUGCUGUGGAGGAAUAAAAGUGAUAGUAGCAGUCUGAUCUAGAAACAAUUUGACAUUAUCAGUUAGUUGCAUUUUGAUGAGAUAAAUUCAGCCUAAGUUGACCUACCCACAUGAUGAAGCAACCUUGUGACUUUUCUGUAAGCCUUAAGGUAUCAGCCCCAUUCUGUCUUCAUAAAGCAAUGACAUUGUGAUUUGUUCUCUGAACAGAAAUAAUGAAAACGCUUGCAUGACCACUUCCCUUUCCAACAAAAUGGUGGACAAUGCCAGCAAUUUCCAUUUCACAAUGAUAGCCCUGAGGCUCCACUAUUUAUCAAGCAGCCGCACUCAUCGACAUUACCAUUCUGAGUUGGAAUAAGUCCAUUUUCUGUUUGCUGUGCACUUAAGACACUACUCUACAGACCUGCCUGUAAGCAGCACUUCCUAUACUUAGACAGUACACUGGUAACAGACUAUGAACCUGCCUGGCUGUAAAUUAGGGACUCCCAAAGUAAACAAGCAGAUAGCUUUGGCUGAAGAUACCUCAUUCUAGGAGUGAAAAAAAGUCAACGAAACAAAGAUAACAACAUAUAAUGUAAUAUUGAUCAAUAAAAUAUGCUUAGCCAGCCUCCAAGCGGCACUUCCCAUCACCAGGCAGCAGUUUGCAGCGAGACUGAUAACAGAGCAUAUGCCUGCCUGUUCACAAAUUAGGGAUUCUCCAGACCUACAGAGGUCUAUGUUGGUGGUAGUACAGUACUCUAAAGGGUCAUCCUUCAUCCCUUGGGGCUGUUUGUUCAUUCAAAUAAGGGAGAUCUGGCCUCCCUUAUCAGCCCAUCUUCCAAAGACAUAUGGCCAGUCUCUCCUCAUAGUCCUACUUCCCCAUAGUCCUUGUAGUCUCCUACUGUAACUGUAGCAUUUGUCCUAGAGAGCAAGCGGAGAGGGCAGCAGCUGCAGAAACUUCCCCUCUUCAUCCUUGGUUUUCAUUGCCUAUUAAUGCAGCCAAAUUGAAGGCUAAUUCUCAAAGUUAAAAGCAACCUUGCCCAGCGGCGCCAUAACACUAAGCGCCAUUGACAGCCCCCUGUCGUAGCUGCCAUGUCAGCUUUGUAGGCUCAGCCACUGGGUGCUGAGCAACUGGAGGGGGCUAGCAGACCUGUCAGGACGCCUCCUUUCUAGGACACAAUAAUGCCUUGGUAAUCGGCAGCAUACUCCUAUCAGCCCACAGGGCUAUUGUCAUCCUUAUGACAGGGCAGCUGUAUUAGAAUGUAGGCUUCCAGCUCUGUAUUUAUUGUUUUCUUGCUGACUUUCAGAGGCAAUAAUGUUUCUGAAUGCCAGUUGCUGGAAACUACAGGGUGGGGAGAGUGCUCUUGUGCUGGGUCCUGCUUGCGAGUUUCUCACAGGCUUUUGGUUGGCCGCUGUGAGAACAGGAUGCUGGACCAGAUGUGUCAUUGACCCGAUCCAUCAGGGCUCUACUUAGCUUCCACCCGACUCUUGACUGUCUUGGUUCUUUAGGUCUCAAUCCAUAAACCAUAAGCCUCCUGUUUACCUCCAGGUUUUUAUUCUCAGAGAGUUAUGUGGAAUGCCAUGCUUUGGUGAAGGAGCUGCACAUUGGUUUGCCAUUUGUUCACAACAGCACACCAGCCAAUGGAACUGGCUAACCACCCAUUUCCUAACAGCGCAUAAUACGGUAAUUUAUAGCCUCAGCUUCUCACCUGAGCAACACAUGUGUAUAUCAUAGCUACAGACCUACUUUUCUAAUGUGUUCUAGUUAGUGCUUCCCCCCCCCCCCGAAAAAUAGGUGCCGGUACCUGCCAUGAGGUUAUUACAGUAAGUACCACACUUUUAAACAAAAAGAGGUGCUGGUACCUGAGUACCCCCUGGAAAAACCAACAACCACUGAUUCUAAUGAUGGUUUUGCAUCACGUGUAUAAACAAGAGAGAACGUGAUGCAUGUUAAAAGUGGAACGAAGUCCUGGGAGAAGAGGCUACACUAGGUGAUUUUCCUAUUCUAUAGCUUGGAUUCAAAGGGCUAACAAGGAGGAGCCUGUCCACAGUAUAUGGCUAGAUCUGAGGUCCCUGUUUUUCUGAGCACAGCCUUCUGUGCUGGGCAAUUCCAACCCUUUUGGGUGUUUGAGGUGUUCUUUCAGUACAGCAAACCUUAGAAUAUGUGCAGGCUCACUUGCACACACCUAGGGGGCACUUUGGAUCCUGGCCUGUGGUUCUAGUUUGUAAAGCACCAUCAGCAGUGGGUAAUCCUUUGAAAAGGGGGAUAAAGAACAGCCUUUGUGAAGAGGGUUAAAAUUCUCUGGAAAAGCAUCUAUAUGCCACUGCAAAGCGCCAGACGAAGGGCAAUGGCAGUUGCUGUCCGGUUGAUUUGGCUGUUUCCUUAUGAGAGAAGAGAAGAACUGCAAAGAGCAGCUGUGAGCCUUGUUGUCUGUCACCACUGAUUUUGCUUACAUGUCUGUAUGCAUCCUCCUUCAGUUGCAGCCACUGCUGGAUGAUACGCCUUUCAUUGCCUUACACUUUCCUGAAUAUCUUCUUGAAACAGACUGGACUUGUCAUUUGUAGGACCCUGCACAGGCCACACAACUGUAUCUGAGUUAAGAAAGGCACUGUGAACUAAUGAUGCUCAGUGCAAUAUUAAAAAUGUCUGCUGUCAUUUUGAGUGCCUGGUGAGGCAGAAUUUGGCCACUGGUAGGUUCUCAUCGCACGACCCUGGUCCUUGCUCUGAAAUUAAUUGAGCCUUUUUGAAAGCUCUGCCCAGGAAUUCUACACAGUAAGCCUUCUCUCUUCCACCCAUGGCUGGCGACGUUUUUAUCCCAACCUUCUGCCAAAUUGAAGUCCAGCAUAUAUGGGUAUCCCUCUGAAUGCCAGGUGCUGGGAGGGGGAGGAAUAAUAAGAGCUGGGGGCUGCCACCAUUAUCUGUGUGUGGUUUUCCCAAAAGCAUCUGGCUAGCCAUUGUGGGAAAUGGACUCACUGUGCUAAUGGACUUUAGUCUGAUCCAGUUAGGCAAGUCUUAGAUUUUUAUGGGACACAGUCCUCCCAGCCAGUGUCAGCCAAAUACAUUUUGCUGCCUGAGGAAAAGAACAAGGUGGCACUCCUGCCCAUUCAACAUACAGAAGCUAAUUGGAAUGGCCCUUGCAACUUGACUUCAACACUGGUUUCACUGCACAGCAGAGUAGCUUAGAGGAUGCAGGGUAGAUUACAUGGCACACACAGCUCUGUCCACUCAGCACCCUCAGCAACUACGGCCUGAGUUGCCCCUCUCAUUCUGCCUAAGGAUAAGGCCAGCUCUGCUGCAAGCAUUAAGUCCAUUUGGAUAUCCACUGGAUCACACUGGUGCUUUACUAACUAACUGAUCCCAAUCCACUGAGUGCAUUUGCUUCCUGGCAAGUAUGCUCAAGACUUCAACCUACGAAGGAAAAGUGUCAGAACUGUAUGAUGCAUAAAGCCCACAGUAGCCUUUGCACAGUUGACUAAUUUUACCCAUUUAAUUUGUCCUGUGAAUUUACAUCUCAUGCUGCCCUCAAGCACAAGCCCCGCGUUCAGUGGUGGUUCUAAUUUCUGAUUAAAGAAAGUUACAUAUUUAGAUGCCUGAAUUGUAGUAACUCUCUUCCUUCUUUCAUGACUGGAAGCCAGCAAGGGAGACGGGAUACAACCUGAGGCUGUCAAAGAGAAAACACACAUUGGCAAUGCAAACCUCUAGGCAAGGUUGGAUAACUAUUAAUAUCUUUUAGAACUUCAAAGAAGCACUUUAUAAGUCUCUGUAAACUGUGAGGGUAGACAGCAUGUUAAAACAUGGACCAAUUUGUCCUCAACUUCCCUGGCCUAGAAGCGUGUUAGAUAAAACAAGUAAGAGAAUGAGUGUCAGGAAAAAUUAUAAUAAAGAUGGAAUCCCUCUGCUGGGGAUAAGCAGACUGAUUGUGACAUGAAGCUGCUUCGAGGGUGUGUUGAUGAGAAAUAUCUUGUGAAACCUGAAGGAAGCUUUGAUGUGCUUAAGAUUUAGGGUUUCUUUCCAUCUUUUAUUGGAGAAAAUCAAAGAAGAUUAGAGCCAUUAAAUACUGUGUUGUAUCAGAUGAUUAGCAAGUAUAAUUUCAUGCUCACUGGUUUAUUGUUUAUUUGUAUGGUUAUUUUUAAGGUGUAUAGGAAACUGUUUUACACUGAGUCAUUGGUCCAUCUACAGAAUUUCAGACGGGGAACACUCACAAGCCUAUCUGGAAAUGCUGGAGAUUGAACCAGGGACAUUCCUGAAGUGCCUGGAGGCGGUUGGAGGAUGGAUGGGGGCUAACAGAUUGACAUUGAAUCCUGACAAGACAGAAGUACUGUUUUGGGGGGACAGGGGGUGUGGGGGACUUCCUGCUUCUGAAUGGGGUAACUGUGCCCCUGAAGGACCAGGUGGGCAGCCUGGGAGUCAUUUUGGACUCACAGCUGUCCAUGGAGGUCAAUUCUGUGUCCAGGGCAGCUGUUUACCAGUUCCAUCUGGUAUGCAGGCUGAGACCCUACCUGCCUCGCCAGAGUGGUGUAUGCUCUAGUUAUCUCCCGCUUGGACUACUGCAACGUGCUCUAUGUGGGGCUACCUUUGAAGGUUACUACAACUAAUCCAGAAUGCAGCAGCUAGACUGGUGACUGGGAGUGGCCGCUGAGACCACAUAACACUGGUGCUGAAAGACCUACAUUGGCUCCCAGUAUGUUUCAGAGGACAAUUCAAAGUGUUGGUGCUGACCUUUAAACCCCUAAAUGGCCUCACCCCAUUAUACCUGAAGGAGCGCCUCCACUCCCUUCUUUCUGCCCGGACACUGAAGUCCAGCUCCGAGGGCCUUCUGGCGGUUCCCUCCCUGCAAGAAGUGAGGUCACAGGGAACCAGGCAGAGGGCCUUUUCAGUGGUGGCGCCCGUUCUGUGGAACGCCCUCCCAUCAGUCAAGGAAAUAAUCAACUAUCUGACUUUUAGAAGACAUCUGAAGGCAGCCCUGUUUAGGGAAGUUUUUAAUGUUUGAUGUUUUAUUCUGUUUUAAAUCUGUUGGGAGCUGCCCAGAGUGGCUGGGGAAACCCAGCCGGAUGGGCAGGGUAUAAAUAAUAAAUUUAUUAUUAUUAUGAUUAUUAUGAUUAUUAUUCCACAUGCAACAUAGAUGCUCUUCCAGUGGCAAUUACUACAGCUAGUCAUGACAAUUAAGUGCCCCAGAAUGCCUUUCCCAUCAGCCCCUCUGCUUUGGUAACAUACUGCCUGAUGUAGAAGGAGUUCUGGAUAAUGUGAAAACUUAACAUGAACUUUUAAGAAUGUUGGUAUCAUCUUGAGUGCCCUCCUAUUAUUUGGUUGGCUAAGAAAUGUUUGCAUUGUUGUCACUAAGCGUACUGUGGAGGUGUCAUGCAUGCAGAAGAAUACAGUUCAAACACCAGAACUGGCAUUCUGCUAUAUGCCCUGUCAAGUGGAUUCCCUAGUAGGCUUCAUUUUUCCUUGGUCUGUAUGGGUGAAAAAUAGUUUUGUAUUCAGUUUGGCAUCCUUGGAUGGAGAAGGGAGGAACCCCGGCCAGCUCCUGCCAUUCAGCCAGAAAUACGUUCAGUGGAAGGUUCUGCAACCUUUGAGCCUGGGUUUUGUGAGUGAGGGGGUUGUGCAAGGAGUUGGCUUGAACAGAAGUCAUGUGAGACAAAGAGAUGACAGAUCAUUUGUGGACCUGGGGACUUAAAAGGGUUGGUUGUGGUAUGGGAAGAACCUUAACAACUAUUAUCAACCCAUUUUGGUUCUACACACAAGUUGUGUUCCUGAUGUUUCCAUGAUUCUGAAGUCCUGCUGUGUGUGUUUUGUGUCACAUCCGCAUCCUAACCAAGAGCUUGGUUGCAUUACCGGUAGGCAAAAAUUUCCAUUAUUUCUCCCAACCAGGCAGCCUUCUGUGAAAUCUCAGCAUGGUUGACCUAUCAUUUUGCUAGCAACUGUUUUCAUUUUUGUUAAGGAAGUGGCAUCAUGUCAUGCUACGCACACGCUCUCUCUCUCUCUCUUUUUUGCAGAAACUUGUUCCUGGCUGUAUAAGCCAGCCAGCUCCGUGAAGCAGAAAUGACACAUUGUGGCAGCUGACAUCUCUAAGGAGAAUUUAGCAUGAAAACACAGCAAGCCUGCAGCUGGCUAGCAUGCCACUAACAGGCCGCUCUGCCAAUCGAAGGCAACCGAGGGAUGGCCGGCUGGGGACAGGAGUGCCAAAGAGUUUGCUCUGGAUCUGCAUGGCAGACAGCAGGGCUUGGGGGCCUCAAAUGGCCAGAUGUGCUUCGAAUUCUCUGGCCCAGUUCUCGUGAGGCAACUUUGUGACGCAGAAGGAAGUGCUCCUUUCCCCCAGGGACCUAGGUGUUAGGUGUGCUUCUGUUCCCAACAGCAGACAGGGGCAGGUGGGUGUUGUUCAGAAUCACCAUGAGGCAAAUAGUGAAUACACUUGAGAGCACCGAGCCUGUAAGCAAAGGAGUCCAUUGUAAUCAAUGGGUGUCAAGCUUCAGGGAAGUGGAUUGGCAGGUGUUUGGUACAGCUUCAGCCUGCAGCAAAGAGAAUGUGUACUAAAUACAGCUGAAACCCUUAAGGCUCUGUCAUGUGUUUUCUGCAUGGAAAACAUAGGUAGUGGAUAUAAUAAACAUGGCAAAAUCUCUCACAUAGAAGUACCACGUUUGGAGACCAGUGUGGCCAGGAUUGACAUUUUACCGACUAUAUAUGUUCAUAGAAUCAUAGAAUCAUAGAGUUGGAAGAGACCACAAGGGCCAUCGAGUCCAACCCCCUGCCAAGCAGGAAACACCAUCAGAGCACUCCUGACAUAUGGUUGUCAAGCCUCUGCUUAAAGACCUCCAAAGAAGGAGACUCCACCACACUCCUUGGCAGCAAAUUCCACUGUCGAACAGCUCUUACUGUCAGGAAGUUCUUCCUAAUGUUUAGGUGGAAUCUUCUUUCUUGUAGUUUGGAUCCAUUGCUCCAUGUCUGCUUCUCUGGAGCAGCAGAAAACAACCUUUCUCCCUCCUCUAUGUGACAUCCUUUUAUAUAUUUGAACAUGGCUAUCAUAUCACCCCUUAACCUCCUCUUCUCCAGGCUAAACAUGCCCAGCUCCCUUAGCCGUUCCUCAUAAGGCAUCGUUUCCAGGCCUUUGACCAUUUUGGUUGCCCUCCUCUGGACACGUUCCAGUUUGUCAGUGUCCUUCUUGAACUGUGGUGCCCAGAACUGGACACAGUACUCCAGGUGAGGUCUGACCAGAGCAGAAUACAGUGGCACUAUUACUACUAUUACUAUGUUGCAUAGGUGCUGUUGCUUCUUGCAUCCAUACCUAUGUAAGAUUGAGUACUGUAAUGCUCUCUGCAUGGGGCUGCCCUUGGAAGUGACUCGGAAGCUUCAGGGGAUGCAAACUGUCUGCGUGCCUCCUAAUGAUGCUUUUAGGUCCAAUUCUAGGCAUUUUGUGCAUACCUUGACAUCCUUCAUGGCCUUCAGGAGCUGCCUCUCCCUACUUCAGCCCUGUGAAUUCAGCCUCUGUGUGGCUGCGCUUCGUGAAGGUUGGCUGCCAGGGGCAGAGCCUUAGCUGCAGCAGCCCCGAGGUUAUAGAACAGCCUGAGGGCUGCCUUGCCUUCUAGACAUGAUCUAGCCAGGCAAAACCCCUGAAGGAGAGGAAAAUACAGGGUGUGCCUGGUGAGAGGGUAGCCAGACUCUUAACAAACUGCACCCUCUCACCAGGCACACCCUGCAUUUCCCCCUCCUUCAGGGGCGGAAUUUGGCACCCAAGCCUGUGGUUCCCCAUCCCCAUUACAGAACAACUUAUCUGUUGAGGUCAGAGGGUGUUUCUCUCUUCUCUGCCGUAGGCUGUGAAACGGUUCUGUUCUCUGACUACCCUUUGGGGAGCCUGGUUGCUGGUCUGUUUCGUGGGGCCUGAUCGUUUUAGCUGGAGGCUGUAGUAGCUGAAAUGGCUGAUGGAUUGUAUUUUAAAUUGGUUGGAAUUGCAUUUUAAAAUGUGUGUUAUUCUGUGCAGAAGAGACAUAACAAUUUUUCGGAUAACUAGGCCUGCUAAGAGCUGGCUCCUGACAGCGUAGAGUCAGGAAGAGGCAGCAUGAGGGUAAAGUGAGCAGUGCAGUCCAGUCAUGCGCUCCUGCACAUCUUCAGGGCCCCUCUCUGUCCCUUCAGACUUUUCACUGCAGUAUUACCAAGGACCCUCAUGCAAACUUGUUAGGAAGGUGCAGCUUUUAGAUUCUGGGCUUUGUGUUCUUUCGGUGAGUGGGGGACUCUUUAGAUAGUAAAUCAGAACCUCAUAAGUCAAUCUUGCUGCAUUUGGGACUUUCUGCAAAUUCUGCUGAGUGGGCCCUGGAUCUCUUCACCAACCCCUGCCCUGAUGGCACACCUGAGCAGCCCAUCCCAAGGAUGACCCUAUUCCACUCUCAAAAUGCACACAACCUCCCCACAAGUGUGCUCAGUCAUGAAAAAUAUUGCAAUUUUUUAGGGGGUACAACUGGAGUAAAGCUUUUAUUCCCUUCUUUCUGAAAAGAGCUGUCUUCUGUAGCAAUUUCGGGAAAACGGGGCAAUGUGAAGAGGUGAUCAAUGCAUGGUGCUGCAUAGCCUGUGGUUUUGACGAUGGACAAGCCUCCUGUAACUGGAAGGCUUCUGUCUUCUUCAAGCAGACUCUGACUGGAUCAUGUCUUCUGGGUCCCCGGACCACCUGGCUCCCAGGCGCUCCAGGGCUAACUUGCCCUUAUUAUGCAUCCAAACCGCUAGCGUUUCUCUCAGUCGCAAACACAAACACAGAGAUGGAUCUCUGUUUGUUUUUUAGCCUACCAGCAAAGUGCUGGUUAUGCUUUAGCAGGCCCACACAUUAUUUAUUGUCUAGGAAAAUUGCUAAAUUAAACAAUAGACCUUGACAACAGCUCAUUAUUUUCUAGCUUAUUUACAGUCAUACAUAGAACCCCCUAUAAAAUUUUAGAGAGGCAGUAGACUUUUGAACAAGAGGAGCUGCAUUUCUAGCUAGAUUUGUAGCUGUUUUAUAGAAUUCCAUCGCUAACUUGAAAGUCUGGGGUUUUUUUGAUAUAGUUUCUGGCUUCAAUCUCCCCCCCCGCCCCCAUGAUAUAUCAGCCAAUUAAUAGAUCAGUCUAUCACCAAAGAUGCUCAGAAACAGAAAUCAAAUGAAGGGAAACUUAACAUUUUGUAAACAAAAGAAGAAGCAUUAUGGUAUUGCAGAGUACUAUAAAAUGUUGAGAUAGAUAUUUAAAAGAAUAAUUUAUACCUUUUAAAAAAAUGAAAGAAUCCUAAUACAUCAGACCAUACCCAGCAUCCAGUUUUCCAUAGAGAUCAACCACAUGAUUAGCUUGAUUAUACGUGUGUGUGUUUUCUUCCAAAGUAUUUCAGUACUUUGGGCUAUGCCCAUGAAACAUGUAAAACUGAAGCAGAGCUUUUAUUGGACUCCCCUUCUUCAACAUAUUUCUCCUAGCUAUUUGGGUUUUUUAUUGCAUGGUAUCCUUAUAAUCAAAAAAGAAAGCAUUUGGCAUCAUUCUACUGUGUUUCAGUUUGGUUACAAACCACUAAGUGAUUUCAGACAUCCCAAACUCAGUGCAAGAUAUUAGAGACUUCCCUGAGCAAGAUCUUGGUUUUAUUGCAUGCACAGAUAGAUAGAUGUAACGUUUUUGUUGUUUUGGCAUGAACCAUUAGGGGCUUCCUUUUGAAGGCCAUAAUAUGGCAUAUAAAUUAUUUUAGAAAAGUGAGGAGCAAAAGACAAUUGGGUCAAGGCCAAGAGACUUGACUGCAUACACACCACACAUUUAAAGCAUCCCGGUCCCAGGCUAGGGGAAGUGGGCACUGUGCCCUUCCUUCCAGGUGUCCUGGGACAGAAGGGCACCUGGGUCAGUACUGUGCAGGUGUGUAGCUUCUGACUGGCCAUAUGCACUCAGUGAAGUCGACUGUGUCAGUGGGCUGCUGCACGCUUUUGCCAGUCAGAAACUGUACAGUGUUUACCGAGAUGCUUCCACUAUGGCCACAAGCUAUAUGCAGAUGAGAAGAGGGGGAAAUCUUCAUUCAGAUAUGCUGCUCAGGUGUCUUGUGAAGCCCCAGCACAGUGGGAGAAGUUGGCAAAAUCACUCUGGUGUAGAGACAAUGUGCAGCCCCCGCCCUGCUCCAAACCAAGAUCCCAAAGCGCCAACUACUUGAUCCCAUUUCUCAGUGGCAUUUGUUUGCUUUGGCUAGCUGUUUAUAUCGGACUAGGAGAGAGGAAGAAGCUGCUGAAUUGGGCAGUCCAUCAGAGUCUCCAAUCUAAUCCGUUUAAGGAGCUGGCUAUAUAUUCCUAUCCCAUUUGGAAAAUGAAAAAGGACACGCUGACACGACCUUGUGGUCGCCUGAAGCACGCUGCAGGCAGAAAUGGAAUUGUGCAUCUCUUUGCCCUUCAAAGUUAGAGGGGGAGCGAAGAGAUUUGCCACAGACUGUCUCUGUAGAGCUAUGAGGAGAGACAGCCGGAGAGGAAAAAUGCUGAGAUGGGGUAGGAUAAGGCCAUCAAGAAGCCACUGUAACCCAGUCAACAGCACUGGCCCUUGGGGAGGCAUCUUGGGAAAGGGAGAUAAAUGCCACCCAAUUUAUUGGAUUUUAAGCAUACGGUUUUUAAUUCUUAGUGAGACCAAGGACACCAGCAUUUAUAGGAUCACAGAGUUGGAUUCUUCUACUGCUGCUUCUUCCAUGGCAAUUGGGGCCUUUUAUAGGCAAGGCCAGAUCAAGUCCAUGACAAUCUGCCGUAGAAUAGAACAGAAUCAGAAAGUUACUCCCGCCUCACUUAACCAACACAAUAGGAAGCUGAAAAGAAUAUCUAGAGAUCUCACUCCAUCUGAUUUAUUGAAGCCCUUUCCUGUUUCAAAGAAGAGUUUGCCGAAGACGCAUAGGCACUGUGUCUUUGGUCGCGCGCCCCCUCCCCGCCACCCCAGUAAUAAACCAAGUAAAGAAAUAAGUAAAAUAUUUGCAGAUAUUUUUAAAUUCCCAUCAUUUGCAACUUAGGAAGCUAUUUCACUCUGUCUUACGAUAGGGGAGGCGCUUCUGUCAACAUGUAGACAAGAACUGUAUCAGUCUAAGGAAUCUAAUGGGUUAUAAUCUGACCAGCUGCCAGAAGCAGGUCUUUCCUAUACCUUCAGCAUCACUGCAACAUUUAUGGGCAUUCUUGGCACUCAGUGAUGCAUUCCCACCCCCAUAUAAGUACAUGUGUGGAUAUCAGUUAAAUGCUGCACUUGCAUCCCACCACCAGUAGCAAACAGUGAGUGCCCAGCUCUCACUAGCACAGACGCUGCAGGGGGUUGCAUACACACAUUUGCCCCCCCCAAAUACCCCAUUCAACAUGUCCAUGGACACCUCUCCGUUGGGCGCCAUUGCCAUUAUAAAAGAACAAGGGAGGCAUUCAUGGUGAGUUCUGGCACCUCUUCCAAGAAAAAUUGCACUGUAGGUAGGCAUUUUGCUAGACAAAACCACCCCCGUGGGUCCCAUCCCUUAGUCCUACUCACAACAUGUCCAAGAUCCAGAAAUCAACUAGGCUUUUCACCUUUUGCGUUGCCUAGGAUGGUUGCUCCCCCACCCCCAGCCAUGCAUGUUACAUUGUCUGAGAGGUGAGGCCGGCAAUAUAUUUUUAAAAUCUGAAAAAGAAGGGGAGGGGUAAAGGAACUGCUGUGAAAAGGGAUGACUGAAGCGGCUGUUUCAUGGAAGGCUAAGGAAGAGAAGUGAAUUUCCCUUUCCCAGAUGUACUCCCCCUCCCGAAUCCAAAAUAUUAAACGGAUGGUUCAUUAGCUAGAAUUCUAAUUGUGCUGAUUGGGAGAGAAUGGCAGGUCUAAUCCCCCUCCCAUAAAGAAGAUAGCUAGUCCUUCAAGUUUAGCUCCAUAAGAAAGGAAGAAAGAGCAGGGAAACCAAUAUGAAGUAAUAUGAAUUGUGUAUUUUGGGCACUCUCCCAUCCUUUCCUGCUUAGGGGGAAGGCUAGCAGCUUCAUUAGUAUUUCAGUUUCCCUGGCAACAAGGGUACCAAGUCUCUCUUCUCCCCCCCCCCCCCAAUUUUGCUGUGAGUCUGACCUCCUUUGCCAACGAAGGAACAAAUCCUUCAAAGUGAAAUGUCAGUCAUUUCUCCCAGCUGUGACUCAUUUAGCAAUGUUGUGGGAGGAAAGAAUUGGGCAGAGCUGCCAGGAGUUUGUGGCCUCAUAUUGAUGUGGGCAUAUUUGCGAAGAUGCGCAGGGCAGAGGUGGGGGGGGGGGGAGAUCGGGAAAGCUGCUUCAUUCUUUUGACAUGCACAGAGAAAUAAUAUUUCGGGAAUUAUAAUAGUUUGCCCAUGGCAGCCUAUGGGAUAUAUCCCGCCCCCUCCAAAAACAAGGUGUUUUUUGCUAUGCUGUGAUUCUUUUGUCAUUUUUAGCAAAACGAAGAGAGAAGUGAGUACAUUUUGAUACUAGCAUCUCAGUUGACAGGCAUUAGAAGAGAGAAAAUCUGCAUGGCUGUAGACUUCUUCAGUUUUGUAUACCCCUGUAAAAUCCUUCAUCUCUCCCACUGCUUGAAUAAUCAACUUUCUCUUAAAGUCCUCGCCAUUUUCUCACAUCACACCAGCUUCAGGGUUCUGUUUCUCCAGUUUCAAAUUUCUGACUAUCCUUGACCACAGGUGCUCCUUCCUUUUCUCUCUCUGCCUCAUGGCAGAUUGUCUGCCCCUUUCUCCUGCUUCCGUCUCGGUGCCUUUUUGCUCUCCUGCUUCCUAAGCCUACGUCAAUUUCCUUCAUUGUGUUGAAUAGGCUGCCUCUUUCAAGACCUCCCUGAAGUCCCGUUUCUUUCAGGAACCACCCUGAUGUCACUGUCAUCACAUUACCUGACCUGUGCCUGA